AUGACGACCCUACCUCAAGCGCUCUUCUUCGACGUCUUUGGAACAAUCGUCGAAUGGCGCAUCAGCGUCACCAAGUCCUUGCAGGAUGCAGGCCAGAAAGCACUUGAAGAUACACACAGGGAGCUCUCAGCCGACCUGCGGUCUCGAAUUUCAUCAUUCACCGAGGCAGAUUGGCUCGGCAUCGCCGAAGAAUGGCGGAAAUCAUACGGCGAAUUCACCAGGUCUUUUGACGCGUCCAAGCCUUUUGUGAGUGUCGAUCAGCAUCAUCGCACUGCGCUACAAGACAUCCUGGAAAAUCACGCCCUUCAGGGUUUAUUCAAUGACGACGAGCUCAAAGAGUUGACUCUUGCAUGGCACCGGUUGACUCCGUGGCCGGACAGCUCGCGUGGACUCGAGCUUUUGAACAAUCAAUUCAUCACCUCGACUCUAUCCAAUGGCAAUGUUUCACUAUUGGAAGACCUCCAAGAAUACGGGAAUCUGCCAUUCGCUCAUUUGAUCAGCUCCGAGAAUUUUGGUGCAUACAAACCUUCACCUCAGGUCUAUCUGGGCGCUGCCAAACUAUUGCAAAUCGAGCCCGUGCAGUGCGCACUUGUGGCGGCACACUUGGAAGAUCUUCAGGCAGCGCGAAAGUGCGGCUUCCAGACAAUUUAUGUGGAGCGAGACCAGGAGGAGGCAUGGACGGCUGAGAAGGCCGCGCAGGCGAAAGAGGAUGGAAUGGUCGAUAUGUGGGUCAAGAUUGACGAAGAGGGUCUGAUCGAAGUCGCUCGGCGCUUUGGCAUUUCGGAGUAG